AUGGCGGGCGAUGUCAUCGAUUUCGUCUUCACCCUCAUACUAGAUACAGAAAUAUAUUUUUGCGUAUUCGUGUUAUUAACCUAUUUAACAACUAGGAAAAUAAAUAAAAUAAUUCAAUCCAAUUUUUACCAAAAAGACGCACUCCUAAAUAGACUAUCGAAGAAUUUCUACAUAACAGAUGUGAAGGCCUACUUUAGCCCCCUGAAAUAUAUGCGUAAGAGUGCACUGUAUCACACGUAUUAUUUGUCGUCCGUUCUGGUUUUAAUUUAUUUAUUCAGACUGUAUUCUUCCUACAAACGAUGGAUUAAAUUUUACUUUUUUUCCCUAUUGAAUAUUUCUACCGACCCCUCCGCACUAUCUGAUCAUGAUGAUUUUGAUGCCCACUACGAUGGAAAAUCGAGUCAUUUUGGCAUUGGCCACUUGGUUGCCUUCCUCUUGGGCAUCAUUAUUUCGUUCAUAUAUUAUAAGUACCUUUGUAAAAUAUUUAAAGGGAAGCACAAAUAUGUAAAGGUGCACAAGUCCAGUUUGCUGCCCCAGUGUUUUGAUCUAGCCAAAACAAAUUUCAGGGAAUACGUAAAAGUGAAACCAAAGAAGGGAUCAAAAUUUAAGUUCCAUUUGGACACCAACAUUAAGGCGCAUCCCACAUUAAGUAGCGGGCCUGCUGCCACCGGAAAUGGAAAAAGCGGAAACGGCAGUGGUGCUGGUACCAGCGCCCCCACCCCAGUUACUCCAAAGACAAAGAGAAACAUCCUGUUCCGUAUGUUCGACAUCGGGUACCUUAAGAACCACGUCCUCUAUGAUGAGAAUGUACUCUACGAAGAUCAACUGAAGAACAAGGGACAGACCGACCAGAAGAACAAACGACAGUUAUGGUUACUGUUUAUCAAGUUAAUGGAGAAGCUCCUAGUAGCGAUCAUCAAUUUAAUUAAUAUAAUAAUAAACGAGAUUGGAAAGGGUGCUUCCGGAAAAACGGCUCAACCUCCUGCUGGUCAAGCUGCCACUAGUCAAGCUGCUACUGGUCAGGAGGGGCCACAGACCGCCGCUGCAGGGGGUGAAACUGCGCAGGAAGGGAUGAAACAAACGGUGGAUGGAGAAGCCACUAUGGAGGAGAAUAAACCAGAAGAGGAAGAACCCACUACAGGAGUCAAUCAGCCAGAGGAAGAUGAACACACUACGGAGGAGAAACAACUAGAGGGGGAAAAUGGCACUACGGAGGAGAAACAAUUAGAGGAGGAAAAAGCUAUUACGGAGGAGAAAGAAACACAGGAGGAAGAAGCCAUUACAGAGGAGAAACAACAAGAGGGGGAAUCCCCUGAAGCGGAGACCAUACCGACCCACGUAGAAUCCCCUACAGAGGGACAAUCAAGCGAAACCCCUCCACAGGAGCAGAGGCAGGAAAAAGACAGCCAAAGUAUUAUGACACAGAUAAAGGAAGAAGCAAUGAAAAGUAGUGACAUGGAGUACAAUGACAUAAAUCUGUGCGAACUGGAUUUAAACCCACACGAUCAAUUCGUGUGCAACUCCCAUUACCAUUUUAAGAGCAUCGUAGAAGUGCUCAUGCUACACAUGCCCAUGUAUUUCCUAUUCAAAAAUAAGUUCUACGCAAAAGCAUUAUUCACAAUAGCCAUGUAUAUUUGGAAUUACUUAGUCUGGAACUUCAUAACCCUCCUAGCCAUGAUCAAGCCGUCACUGUUCGUGUACUACUACGUACUGAAUGAACACAUAAAUCAUAUCCUAUUAAAGAACAUCAAUGAACACGAGAAAAAUAUAAUUUUGCACUUCUUCUACGGAUUCUUUGUUGCCUCACUAAUAUAUUUAAAAUUUCAUUUCAGCUUGGAGUUUAAGUUGAUAAAAGUAGACCACAUGAACCACUUCCAUAGAAUGAUUAACGGAUGCAUAGUACAGGCACACAAAUUGAAGUCGACCGGAAUAAUUAAAAAUUUUGAAGCCAUGAAAAUUUUCCCUUUAUGUAUUGACUAUAAGAAAAAAGGGAUCUUCAUAGACAGAGGACUGCUGCGAACAGCUGCGGAACUCCAACUUGUACUAAAACAAAGAAAAUUAAAGAAUGUAAAAAUAUGCUUUCGCAAUAUUAAGCAAAUUGCUAAAUAUUGUGAUGAAGAUACUGCUAUGGAAAUGUUUAAACAACUGAAAUUUGUCUUAGUGAAUGAAUUGCCCAAUCAAGUUGCACUAAACCUCUCUCAUAUGAUCUCAGAUGAAAUGUACAAUCAAAUUAAAACAAAUUGCAUCGAUCCGUCUUCUUCGACGCAAUCCAAGAAACACCCACCUGAUUGCUUAUGCGAAAUGCUGAAAAAAACUGGCCUUCAUGAUUAUAUCAAAGCGGCCAUGAGUACUGAAAACUGUAAAGCAGAAAACGAACCCGCGGAUCGUGGCCAAGCUUAUGUAGAUACGUCCGACAAGGCAGAUGCAAAAAAUGACAAAUUGGACGAGCAAGGAGAGGAUCCCGUGAAAAAAAAAAAAGGGUCCCAAUCUUGGAGGGUAGUCCAAAUGUUCGACAUCGGGAAGCACCAUCAGAAGGAGCAAAAAAAAUAA